AAGGAGAAGAGGCAGGACACCGCAGUUCAUAAGACAAGUAACUCCCAGAACUGAGAGGAUGGCUGUUGAUCAGGACUGGAGCAGCGUUUAUCCAACAGCAGCUCCAUUUAAACCUGCCUCUGUGCCUCUCCCAAUUCGGAUGGGUUACCCAGUGAAAAGAGGAGUACCUCCACCAAAAGAGGGCAACUUAGAACUCCUAAAGAUUCCCAAUUUUUUGCAUCUUACUCCUCCUGCAAUUAAGAAACACUGUGCAGCUCUUAAAGACUUCUGCACUGAAUGGCCAAGUGCUUUGGACAGUGACGAGAAAUGUGAACAGCAUUUUCCUAUUGAAAUUGAAACAGUAGAUUAUGUUUCUUCAGGGACAUCUAUUCGUAAUCCCAAAGCAAGAGUGGUGACUUUGAGA